AUGGAUAACGCUACGGAUGAUUCGGCGUCUUUUCAGACUCUGUCACUAGAUGAGAGACUUGUUCAUAAGCUUUGGAAGGCAAGACAGCAUGGAUAUAAUGAGCUAGAAAGCACAUUCAAUAAACUGUCCGUUGCUAGAGUUGCAGAGAGUGGCGUUAAUAAGUAUUGGAAGAAACCUGAGAUUUUCACGGGGUACGUAUUGGAUUCCAAUGUUGUUGCACAAGAAUCUGCCGUUAAGGCCUUGUACAGUUUGUUGAAAUUUAUGAUCGACGUACCCCAGAUCAGAGAUUUGUGUCAGCCGGGUCAAUUGGUUCAGGGCUGGGUUCCAGCUCUGGUGGAGAAAGGUAUGACUUCCUCGAAAUCAGCGACGAAAGAGGCUUCAUUGGCCUGCGUUUCGCUUGUCGUGUCAUUGGAUGAUAAUAUCGUAAAUGCAAUCAAUUGUCUGACGCCGAUUUGGACCAAAAAAUUACCGAAGCUGUUGACUGCAGCGUUAAUGGUUCAUGUAAAGUUGAUAGAGCAGUUUGGGUUCGUGAACGUUUCUCAACAGGAGAAGAUGCAAUCGUUACAGGGUCUAGUGGAAGUUUUACCUAAACUUUGCUCACAUGCGGAUAAAUCUGUGAGGAAUGAGUCAAUGCAGUUGAUUUUACAACUAUAUACAUGGUUUAAUAAACCUGUACUUCAAGAGCUUCUAUUGGGGAAGUUGAAGCCCAUACAACAGAAGGACCUGGAUAAACUGUUUGAAUCGUACCAGGGCACUAUACCGCCUUCUUCAACACCGUCUCAGUUUAUAUGGGCAGUCCCGGCUCAGAGUGAUAACAAUUCAACUGAUUUACCCUUGGAUCAUGACGGAGAUCUAGCAAUGGCAGGUAAUAACGGCCAGUCUGCCGCUGCUCUGGAUAACCAAUCAAUCGAUCCAUAUGAUAUGUUCCCCGUACAAACUAUAUUAGAUAAGCUACCGAAUAAUUUCUAUCAGAGUUUGGCGUCUAGCAAAUGGAAGGAUAGAGUGGAAGCUUUAGAAGAGUUCCACGAUCAGACUUUAACCAAGGUUAAAAAAUUGUCAGCAUCAAAUGAAGAUCAUUCUGAAAUCAUUCACAAAUUUUGCUCGACUAUCACUUCCGAUGCAAACCUACAAGCAGUACAAAUAUCUACCAGCAGUUUAGAUAUACUAAUAUCCGCAUUAAGAUCAGAAUAUAACCCAUUCGCAUUGGAAACUUUAAACGCUCUCCUAACUAGAUCAAAGGAGAAAAAACCAAACGUCGCAGAUUCUAUUUUCAAUGCUCUCCUGAACCUUUCAAAGUACUAUAAAUUAGAGCUAUGUCUCGAGUCUGUGUUACAACACAUGAAGAACAAAGUACCACAGGUAAAAAUUGUAUGCUCGAAAUUUCUUUUCGAGUUGCUAUCCAAUUGGACACCGACUGAAACUCUUCAUAGAACGUCGGUAUUCUCCAAUUUGCCAGCGAUACUCAAUUCUUUGCAGCCCAUUGUAAACGACAAUCAACAGGCAACAAGAAAUGAGGGUUUCAAGUGUAUUGCUAUCUUAAUUAAGAUAUUCGAUGAAAGAGAACUAUCAACAUAUUUGGACAAGCUCGAUAACUUGAAAAGGAAGAAGAUCCUUGAACUUGUUGAUAAAGUGGAGAUCAAGGCGGCAACGGUUCCACCUCCACACCAAACCCAACCGCAAACCCAAUUAAGAUCAGCGGCACCAGUAGUACGAUCCCAACCCUUGUCUUCAACGAUCCCUUCAAAACGACUGGCCACUUCUCCAUUGAAACCGGCACGUAACUCUGCCUUGAAUGGCAACACGAAGUCGUCCAGGUUGACUUCAAGGUCUCUAACUACUCAUCAAAUGAUGAACCAUACGGAUCUGCCUUCCUCAACACAACCCAAAUCUAAUACCAGUUCCAACACAAGCCUCUCUGGCAAUUUCACACCACAGACAAACAUAUCCAACAGAAUGUCACAUUUAAACGAUGAAGUGAACAAAUUAAGACAAGAGAGACAAGAAUGGCUAAGGGAGCGCAACGAUCUCUUAUCCAACUUAAAUCAAUCCAAUUUACAACUUUCCAAAGUAAAUAAACUCUUGAACGAGUCUGAGACAUACGUUUCCAAUUUACAAAGGCAAUUGCAGGAUUCGAAGGAUCAAUUGAACGCUAAGAAUUUAAAGAUCAAGGAGUUAGAGAGUAAACUGACGGGCGGUACUUCCGAUACCAUGUCAACAGAUUCACCCAUAUCCUCGUCCAUUAGCAGAGGAAGAUUAACAGCAACUACCUUAUCACCUCUGAGAUCUACUAAAAAUGCUACGACUCCUCAAAGGGUCAGAUCGCCUAGUGAAAGUAGCGACGAUCUACCUAGACGUGUCAAUUCCCUAAACUUGAACAACCAUAUGUUGCAAGAGGAAUCGUGGAAACGAGCUGCAGAAGUUACGAACCAAUUAAAGGCACGUAUAGAAAGAAUGAGGGCCAAAUCCAGGUCCGGUUUCAACAAUCUCGGCGUAGAUUAA